AUCCGAAACCCUUUUGCAAGGCUAUAGGAAUCGGGUGCAAAAUGGCGGUAGAGGCGGCAGUGAAUCGCUUGGAAGCUUUGGUUGAAAAAAUCGACGCAGAUUUGAACUAUGCCGUGCUGAAAUUGUCAAACGGGUUCGACAAAAGUUCUGAGGAUGGUUUACGAAGCGGAAUUAAUCCAGUUCGUCUUAUUGAAAGACUUCAGAAAGCAAAGCAAGAUUUCAGGACUUUAAUGAAAGAAAGUGAUGAAAUAGAAACAAAUCAAAAGACAAUAUCACAGGAAUUGUCAAGAUUAACAUCAGACCAAAUAAGGAUGGUUAACAAACUUCAGCUACACACUGGAAUGCAGCAAUCCAGUACACAUGUUGACAAUGAAGAGUUUAGGAUUCUUCAUCAGGAGUGUGUACCGGAUUUAAUGCAAAAUACAACAUGCAGAUCCCUUGACAGUGCUUUCCAACCUGUGACAGAAAAUGAAUUCAUGAGCAUCUCAGAUUUGGUGCGUGGAAGGUCAAAGUUAGAAGAUGUCAACCAGGUUUAUGAUGUUUUGUUCACAUAUUUUCAAAAGAAUCGUAAGGCCAGUUGUCUAACAUUGAAAGAAAUGACAAAACUUGGUUUGAAAGUUACCGGAGCGACCGGAAACGCGAAAUUGAAGGUUUUGAAAACUUUAAAAAUUAUCGACAUCGGAAAAGAUGGAAGUGUGAAGAUGCUGUAGACACGCUCGAUCCUUGGGGAAACCAAUAGAACAAGGGAAACAUUGAUCCGGAGACAAUAUUAUCUAUACAUGAAUUUUAAAUGGAGACUAGCUGUUCAGGACGCCUGAAGCUUUUGUACACGAAGUUAAAGCGGUUGCAACUUGCAAAUAAGUUGUAGCCGCUGCUUCGGUCACAAAGCGAUGUAUGAUGGUAUGGUAAAUUUCCAUGGUAAAGGACAUGUCUGAGUCUUGUUUUUCCAUAACUGCUUGACGUCUAUAGUUUCGACAAAAUAUCUAUAUAAAGAAACUUUCUCGAUGAAGAAACGCAUACAGCUAUUAUAAUUUUUGCACACGCUUAAAUAUUCGCAGCGUUUUCAGAACUUUGCCUAUUUUUAAAGCUGGUUACUUUGUUUGUAUAUAUUUCUCAAAAAGUAGAUAAAGUGAAUGGCCAUGCAAAUGCAUUGUUUAUGCAUUUAUGGUCACAUAACCUAGCUCUUCCCAGAAAUUAAGUUGAAAACUUUUAACAUUUGAUCAUAAAAUAAUUCACAAUGCAGUAUUUUAUACACAACUAUGCACUACUAUAGUGUUCUUUAUCGUAAACGCGACUGUAAUAUAUUAUAAGUCCCAGGCAAUAGGAACAAUCAUUGAAAAUAGAAAGGUGUUUUAUUUUAUAUAUUUGCAUAUAGUUUUUUAACAUUUAGGCAUGAACAUUAUACAGUAUACGCUGAUUGUAUAUAUAUAUAUAGCUAAACAUAAUUGAAAAGUUAGGCAAAGUUAAAAAUAUAUAGCUAAACAUAAUUGAAAAUAUAGGCGUACACCUAUAGGUAUAGCUAUGAUUUUUGCAGAUGGAAACAUAUUGAUGAUGACAAUAAUAUAUACAUUAAUUUUAUUUUAACUGGAUUAAAUUGCAGUUUAGAGUUCAAUUAAAGAUUAUUUACUCACACCAGAAACCAAAAUUUAUAUUUGCAAAAGAAUAGUAUAUAAAUCUGGAUUCAUUGCAGUGCUGAAGAAAUGGCAAAAGGAAAUGAAUGAGAAAUGGGAUUGAUUUGUACUCAUCUCAUUUAUACACAAAUUGCCGACUUUAUUUAAGUUGCCCAAUUUGCAUUUUGUGUUUGUAAGCUACCACCUUCCUUUAAUUGUUGUGGUUUACAUUGAUUUAUCCCAGAGCACUGAUUCAUUCAUUCCAAAGUGGUUCAUGCAAAUUAUUUUUGAAAUCUAAAAAUCGUAGAUUUUAUAGAACGGAAUAACAAAUCCUCGAAAUGAAUUAAGUUCUAUAUCAAUUGGUUCAGCAUUGUUCGUUAUAAAACUAAAAGUUUUGCUGGGUUUUUUCCUCCUACUACAUACGGUAAAGUAUUUUCUUCAGUCAUCGUUAUCAGAGACAUAAAGCAAACAAAAUACCUCUGCUGACGCAAUUAACUAAACACUUUAUUUAAGAUGCGCAACCACAAUUUUUAGUAUUGUGUUUGUAAGCUACCACCUCCCUUCAAUGUUGUGGUUUACAUUCAUUUAUUCCAGAUCACUGAUUUUGAAAUCUAAAUUUCGUAGAUUUUUCCACGAAAUAACAAUUCCUAGAAUGAUUUGUAUCUCACUUGGUUAACCAUUGUUUGUUAUAUUGCAAAAUUUGCCACAUCAGUGAUCAUUGAAAUCCAUAAUACGUAGA